AUGCCAUCCCCGCCGUACACGCCCCGCACUCAGUCCAGCUGGGACUCAGUACAAGCCAGCGCUACGCAGUUACUGGCCUCCAUCACCACGACGCUCAAUCAAGCUCGCUUUGCACGUCGAGCGUCAUACGUUGUCCACGGCUUCCUGGUCGGAAUCCAUAUCGCGCUUCUGGGCAUAUGCCUCACCCACCUCGAGGAGCGCAUCAUGCUCCCGAUCUCCACCACCCGCGCCUGGAGCGAUCUUACCAACACCGCCAUAACCGUGUCGGGAACCGUCUUCGCCACCGUCUACGGCGCACUGCUGAUUUGGAUCACCCAGCGGCUCGCAUUGCGCCGCCUGCUCACCAGCGAGCAGACCCUAACAGCCAUGCACGACGAGUUCAACUCAUGGAUCGGGCUCGGAUCCGCCGUCUUCGCCUUAUUGAACCAACGAAAGAUCCGUAGCAGCCCCGUCUCAGUCACCCUCAUAACGAGCUACCUAAUUGGCGCUGCCAUUCUUCACGUCUCCAUCCCGGCGAUGUUCACUCUCCAGGUCGGCUCCCAGCAGUACACAAGCGCAGAACUCAGGCAGGCAGUCUACCCAAACGUAUGGGCCAUGCUACACUCUAAAGCCUCGCAAAUGGACGCACAAGGUCUCUUCAGCGAUGCAUCCAGCAUGCUACCCUACGUUGCGCGUCAGUCAAAGAAGAGCGGUGGCAGCCAAGCUUUCAACCUGGUCGACGCCACAAUGUACGACCAGCUGCUGUCCGCGGAGGUCAACAGCACUAUCAGUGUCAACGCAACGUCCUUCAACGUCUCGUGCGGCGCACUCGAUGAUCUCAAGAUUGAGAACGACAUCACGGACGGCAACGGUCUUAUACGAUGGCACAAUGCGUCGCACUUGUUCCCUAACGGGACCAGGCAGGGCAACGUCCAACUCUUUACUAUUUCCCCAAACAACACCAUGGCGCUCGGUUUCCCGGUCGGCGUCUUCGCCGAAGAAUACGUACCCGCGACGAACCGCAGCUUCUACCUCUACGGCACCUUCGACGUCGCCGACUCCGCGGGGACACUUUACCCUAUUUUCACCCUGCCCGGACAACAGGGCACCUCAUCGAAUAUCUCAAUAAUCGGCUGCGAUCUCUACAGCUAUAAUCAUACCAUAGAUUUCGACACCUCCAAGCGCAUGGUCAAUCACACCCAGGUUCCCCGCUUGCGCGACCAUUCUCAGCUCUCUACCUGGCAGUCCCAAGGCCCUACUUCUCCCGAGGACCUGAACAUCCUCGAUUUGUGGAGUACAGCCGUCCAGUACCAGUUCACGACAUCAUAUCACCUCGGGGGCGCAACCGAGGACAUGCUGGGUUUCAUGGAGAAAUACCUCCUAUCAUACCUGGGCUUGGAGCUGCCCGGUUGGCUGAACAAGACUGCCUCUCGCGGCCGCGUACUGCUUCACGACGUCGAGAAUGCCCUUAGCACUUUAGCGGCGGCGACGUUCUGGGCUCUGAACGAGCAAGGCGAAGAGUUCGGGAUACAGCGCCAGUAUAGCACGGAUGUUGACGUGCACUACUCCGUGCAGCGGUUACACCUCAACCUCACCCCCGUCACCAUCGGCCUCGUCGUCUCCUUCCUCCUCAUGAUCCUCAACGCCCUCCUCGUCCGCCCACGCAUCUCCCGCACCGUCGGCGCUGUUGACGUCCUCGACACCCUCGGCGUCCUCCAGAUCCUCUGGUUCGUGCGCGGCCACCCCGAAGUCCUCCGCAUCAUCGGCCGCGUCGAGAACCCGAACGAAAACGAAUUGCGCACGGCGGGAAUGGUGCCCUUGCGGCCUGACGUCCGCGCGUCGUGGGGCACACCGAGUCGCGGAGCGCUGUUGAGCCUGACACCCGACCCAGCCUCACCUGCCUACGAUUCUUGGCGAGGACAGGAUAUGCAGCCGUCGCCAAUUUCGUCCAAUUUUGACGAGUGGGAUCAUUCUAAACUAGAGCAACCGGGUCACUAG